AUGAUAAUAGUGCAAAAUGAAACAACUACUGCCUGGGAUCUUCUUUUGAUUGAUCUACCUCAACUUGGCCCGUUUAUCGAUAGUGGUUAUGUACUUUCUUGUACCUUUAAUGAUCCUGGUGGAAAAUAUUAUAUACAGAUAGACAGCAAUUUUGUAAAGAGAACUGAAAAUAAUGUUUCAAUCUUGGGAAUUAAUCCAAAUGUGUGGACUUUUCAAACAGCAAUGUAUCGAGAUAUUGGUGCUGUCCAUUGGACGGUUGAAGCUUAUGUUGACUGGGGCGAGUAUUCUCAAUAUUCGGACUGGCAAAGUGUUAUUCCAAUUGACCUUUUAUCACUUGGUAUUGUCAUGGCUGCUGUAAUGAUCGUUGAUGUUGGAUUAGAUGCUGAGUAUCAUUAUAAACUGACAAUUUGA